AGCGAAAUCAGUGAACGAGUCGACAACAAACGAAUCAGACAUAUUCAAUUGAGACUGAAAGUAACAGUGGUGCAGUGAAAGGAUAAAGCAAGCACUUACAUAAGGAUUACAACAAUACUGUGGAAUAUUUUAUUUAAUACAAAAGCCAAAACAAGCAACACAAUGAGAUUGAGAAUUGGUUGGUUAUUAGUCUUGGCAGCCACUGCCGCAAUUGCUGCCGCCGAUUCCGACUCCAAUUGGGGCAACGAAUGGGCGCCCAUGGAUGCGGAUUCGAUGCUGAGCCGUCGCUCAGUGGAUACUAAACCAGCUGAAGAGGUCCAGGGACGCAACUAUGCCGUGCAUGAGAGCACUCAGAGCAAUGCCACCGAGAUUGAUACCGUCAUUGACCAGCUGAUUAACUCCAGACGCGAGGGACGCAAUCUGGGUGAAUAUGAUGCCGUCUACGCUGAUGGUAACAUUGAUCAGGCGCUGCAGCAGGGCAACGAUCUGCAGGCACGCAACUUGAUUCGCGAUAAGCUCUGUGGUCUGGGAUUGAUGAGCUGCGAUGUGGAGGAGAAACGCCCCUUCUACUCAACCAUCUACGCUCAGGGACCUCCUCCCCCAUCGGCCUUUGGCGGUGGCCCCUAUGGUCCAGCCAAACCCAUGCCACCCCCAAGCUACUUCAACGGUCGUCCACCCAUGAGCCCACCACCCAGCUCCCUGAACUCUUUCGGUCCACCACGCAAGGUUGGCUAUGAAGGCUCCUACAAGCCAAUGAACAGUCUGUACAGACCAGGCGGUCAGUUUGGUGGCGCUUACAUGGAACACCCACCACCAUCGGCCAUUGAUGGUUCCGAUGGUAUUACCUACACCAAGCCUCCACCAGGUGCUCUGAUCUACGACAGCAAACCACCUGGUCCAAUUUACACUGGCGGCUCCAAUGGUCCCAUCUUCAACGGUCCUCCCAACGGCGUACCACCCUACAACUUUGAGAAUUCCGAUAAGCUAGGUUCCAGCUCUUCGCUCAACGGUUUCUACAGCCAGCAAUCUUCAUCGUCCUCAUCAGCUUCCACCGCUUCCAGCACUAAGGUCGUUGUUGGCGCUCCUCUCGAUGCCGGUCUGCAGCAACAUGUCCAUCAUCACUACCAUCAUGUGGAUGGCGGCGAUGCUCCCAAUGUGCCCAGCGUAACCGUUCCCAUUGGCGGCGGUCAAACCAUCAACACCGACUUCAGCGCUCUGGCUCAAUCCUCUGCUACUUAUACACCACAGGCUCAAGCAUCCUCCAACUCGGGCUCUAGCUUUACCCAGUCGAAUGCAUUCAAUGCUGGUUUCAACGGUGCUUCCCAAGGCGGUCUGCUCUCUCAAGGUUACAAUCCUUCCCAGAAGCCCAACAGUGAGAUUUACAAGCCAAAUGGCGGACUUGGAAACUACGGCGGCAGCUCUAGCUUUUCGCAAUCGAACGGUUUCGGUCAAAAUGGAUUCAGCGGUUCCCCCAGCGGCAGCUAUCACAGCCAGAACCCUGACUACUACAAGAAGGAACUGCAAAGCGGCUCAAGCGGCAGCUACAAUGGUCUCUCCACUGGCUACGGAUCUCAGAGCUCCCAGGGUGGUCUUUACCAAGGCGCCGGUGGCUAUGACACUUCCCGUCAACAGAUCGUCGACUGCCAGUGCGUGCCCAUCUCACAGUGCCCCGCUGCUGAUCGCAUUGGACGCAAAGAGGAUCUGAUUCUGGCCAUCGACCCCAGAAAUCUGGGCAAGGACAUCGAAGCCCUGGGUGAUGAUGCUGCCAAGACCAAUGCCACUACCAAUGCUGCCACCGAAACCAAGGAAGAAGAGAAGAAGGACGAUGACAAGAAGCGUACUCGCCGCCAGGCCGAUGCUGAGAACAAGGAAGAAGACACCGGUGAUCUUUCAUUGGAUGCUCAAGGGCGCGCUUACUAUGGCAACCGUCCUGUAGAGAAGACCUGCCGCAUUAACGAAGUUUGCUGCCGUCGCCCCCUGCGCCCUCAGGCUCCACCCCAACAGCUCGGACGUUGCGGUACAAGGAACGCUGCCGGUAUUACUGGUCGUAUCAAGAACCCCGUCUAUGUUGAUGGCGACAGUGAGUUCGGUGAAUACCCAUGGCACGUGGCUAUUCUGAAGAAGGACCCCAAGGAAUCGAUCUACGCCUGCGGUGGCACCCUCAUCGAUGCCCAGCACAUCAUUUCCGCUGCUCAUUGCAUCAAAUCUCAAAAUGGCUUCGAUCUGCGUGUGCGCCUGGGCGAAUGGGAUGUCAACCACGAUGUGGAAUUCUUCCCCUACAUUGAACGCGAUGUUGUCUCCGUGCACAUUCAUCCCGAGUAUUAUGCCGGUACCCUGGACAACGAUUUGGCCAUCCUUAAGCUGGACCAUCCCGUUGACUUCACCAAGAACCCACACAUCAGCCCCGCCUGUCUGCCCGAUCAGUACUCUGACUUCACCAACGCUCGCUGCUGGACCACCGGAUGGGGCAAGGACGCUUUCGGCGAACACGGCAAAUACCAGAACAUCCUGAAGGAGGUUGAUGUGCCAAUUCUGUCUCACCACCAGUGCGAAGCCCAGCUGCGCAACACUCGUCUCGGCUACAGCUACAAACUUAAUCCCGGCUUCAUCUGUGCCGGUGGCGAGGAGGGCAAGGAUGCCUGCAAGGGUGAUGGCGGUGGUCCUCUGGUCUGCGAACGCAACGGCGUCUGGAACGUCGUGGGUGUUGUGUCCUGGGGCAUUGGCUGUGGUCAAGUGAAUGUGCCCGGCGUUUACGUCAAGGUUUCGGCCUACUUGCCCUGGAUUCAGCAAAUCACCCAGAGCUACAAAUGAUUAAUCGAAGUCAGCACAGAGGCAAGCACAGUCACUGCCUACCACGCAGUGGGUGCAGCCAUCGACCCCAAUGACGAUGACGAUGCCUCUGAUGAAUUUGUUUUUCACUUUUGAGCAGCCAUUUCCUUAUGUAACUGUCCCGUCACUAUGUCUAUUUUUAAUGUUUUUUAUUAUGUGUAUAUUUAUUCGAUCAUGUUUGUUUAGCCCACUCGAAA